CAUAUUACAUCCAUUAACCCUACGACAAGAAGAACUAGAACGAGCAUUACGAAGUGGUGAAGAGAGUGAAAAAGAGAAACCAAAAGGUAUAAGACAAGAGUUAGAAAAGAACAUUCAAGUGGACUUAAACAAAAUGGAAAAGUAUGAAGAAAUAGAGGGAUUGUCAUAUUAUGGAAGAGUGAGUUUUUGGAAUACAAAAGACGAAAAUGACGAUGGAACCAAUAAGAACAAUGAUAAUUGA